UGUCAAAAUUAACACCCAACUUUAUCAACAAUUAAAGACCCAAAUUGGCAAAGGAAAAAUCAGUGAAUUUGUCGAAAAGACUCUCACGGAAAAAUUAGAACAAAAAGAGCAAGAACUGGAAUUAGCCUAUAAAGAAAUCGCUCAAGAUAAAAAACGAUGA